UGGAAGCUCUGACUCUCCUCCUCAGUCUGCUUCUAACUGCCUUUCAGGCAAAUGUCAUUGGGUCACAGACAACAGAUGACUGGCUGUAUUCCACUGAAGGUUUUUCAGAACCAUGUGAUGGCUAUAUGACAGAUUGGAAUGGUGAAUUUUUCAGCCCUUGGUACCCUAAUAACUAUCCUGAUAACGCUCAGUGCACAUGGACCAUUCAUAGCACAGGGAACGCAAGUGUGUCAUUGACCUUCACUGAUGUAGAUUUGGAAGAAUGCUGUGAUUACAUCAGAGUGUAUGAUGGUCCUUCUACCCUCUACCCCAUACUGGGAGAAAUACGGGACUACUGGAACCAGUCUUUCAAAUCCAGCAACAAUGAUCUGACUGUGUUUUUCUACAGUGAUAGCAGUGUAACACGUAAAGGAUUUCAUGCAUACUGGGUCUUUGAAACAUGUGGUGGCUAUAUGACAGAUUCGAUGGGUGAAUUUUUCAGUCCCCGGUAUCCUAAUAACUACCCUGAUAACUCAUACUGCACGUGGACCAUUCAUAGCACAGGGAACCAGACAGUGUCAUUGUCCUUUAAUGACAUUAGUUUGGAAGGAUCCAGUGAUUACAUCAAAGUAUAUGAUGGUCCUUCUACCCACUACCCCUUACUGGGGGAAACAGGGAACUACUGGAGUUGGUUUUUCCAAUCCAGCAACAAUGAUCUGACUGUGCUUUUCCAUACUGAUGGCAAUGCAACUAGUAGAGGAUUUCAUGCAAACUGGGUCUUUGUGGAAUCAUGUGGUGGCUAUAUGACAGAUUCGAUGGGUGAAUUAUUCAGUCCCCGGUAUCCUAAUAACUACCCUGAUAACUCAUACUGCACGUGGACCAUUCAUAGCACAGGAAACAUGACCGUGUCAUUGACCUUCAAUGAUGUUGAUUUGGAAACAUGCUGUGAUUACAUCCAAGUAUAUGAUGGUCCUUCCACCCACUACCCCUUACUGGGAGAAAUACGGGACCACUGGAACCAGUCUUUCAAAUCCAGCAACAAUGAUCUGACUGUGUUUUUCUACAGUGAUCACAGUGUAACAAAUAGAGGAUUUCAUGCAAACUGGGUCUUUGUGGGCUCCUGCAAUGGUAACUGUGGCCUGUUUAUAGGCCACUGUGCAUGUGACGACGUCUGUCAUAGGUUUAGGGACUGUUGCCCUGACUAUGAUGACUACUGCACAGUGUCCACAACAGAGGCUCCCUCAGAUGACCCCUGCUACAACUACACUGUAUUGGACGACCCUUGGAGAGCCACCGACUAUCCUCAGAAUGACUCAGUCUUAAUGUGUGAUCAGGAUAUGAAUUGGUUUGGCUGGUAUCGUCUCUUCAUUCAUGGCCAGAGUGUCCAGAUGCCAGACACAUGUGUUGAUAUGAACAAAUGUGGCACUCAUGCCCCACUGUGGUUAAACGGUGGACACCCAAAUGUCAAUGAUGGAGUGGUCACCCGAGAUGUCUGUGGUCACUGGGACUAUGACUGCUGUUUUUUCAGAUCUACUCCCAUCAGAGUGAAAGCCUGUCCAGGCAAUUAUUCUGUCUACGAGUUUGUUAAACCAAGUUUCUGUUCUUUGGCAUAUUGUGCAGAUGUGGGGAGCAGCAACACCACAUAUACAACUGCUGCAACAGAGACCAUCUCAUCUGUUCCUCACCCAGAGUGUGGAGGACACCUAUAUGGUUCUGGACUGGUUUCCAGUCCAAACUACCCAUACUAUUACCAUGACAAUGCCUACUGUGUAUGGCAUCUCACUGCCCACCAAGGACAGAGGAUCUUCCUGACAUUUGCUGAUGUGCAACUGGAGCGCUGCUGUAACUGUGACUACAUCACGGUGUACGACGGCCCUUCCACUGGUUAUCAACAGCUGGGAAAGGUCUGCUUCAAUGACACCACACACCAGGUGUUUCACUCUUCUUCACGAUACACGACUGUUGUCUUCAGGAGUGACUACACUGGUGUCAGCCAAGGUUUCAAGGCUCUUUUCACAAGUUCUUUGACUGCAGAUCAAGGUCGUGUGGAUUGUUCCUCAGACAACAUGGUCAUUGUCAUUCAAAGGUCUUACCUGAACUCACUCGGGUUGAGUGCAUAUGACCUUUAUGUAGAUGACCAUGUUUGCAGACCCUCCAUUAGCAGUACUGAGGUUGUGUUCAGCUUCCCACUUGACACAUGUGGGACUGUCAAAGAGAUGAUGAAUGGUUAUGUGUCCUACACCAACAAUGUGCGGGCCUCUCAGUCUCAAUCAGGUGAAAUCACUCGUCAGUCACAGUUCCUACUACACGUGGGCUGCCGAAUGGAGCCGGACACCAUGGUGCAGAUAUUCUACAAGGCCAGGGAGAUCACCAAUGCCAACAUCACAGGAACGGGCCGCUUCAAUGCCAGCAUAGCCUUCUACACCUCCAGCAGUUUCUACUAUCAAAUUUAUGACUCUCCAUAUGAGGUGAACCUGAAUCAGUAUCUGUACGUUCAGGUCAAGCUAAACAGGCCUGACAACAGCCUGGAUCUCUUCCUGGACACCUGUGUAGCAUCUCCAAAUCUCAAUGACUUCAAAGAUCGCUCCUAUGACCUACUGCGUAACGGAUGUGCCAGAGACAGCACAUAUUACUCUUACACCAGUGGAUAUCACUAUUACGCUCGAUUCAGAUUCCAGGCUUUCAAGUUCCUCCGGACUCACGCCUAUGUGUACCUGCAGUGUAAGGUGAUCAUCUGCCCCGAUAACGAUUACAACUCUCGCUGCCGCCAAGGUUGUCUCUCACGUCGCAAGAGAUCCCUUGACAGCAGCACCUACCACACCAAUACUGUGAUGCUGGGGCCAAUCAAACUCAAAGGCCAGAGGGCAUUAACAGGACUAAAGCGUGGUGUGAAGGAUUUGGAGAAGUCAAAGGAAUGAACUGGAAUAGAAGGAAUGAAUGAAUCAUCUACUCGAUCAUCACCUUAACUAUUACUAUUAAUCAAUCUUAACCACCCAGCAAAUUAAAUAAAACACAAAUUGUAUUUCUGCAAUUCAAUAAAGUAUUU